AUGCUGAAGCCGGGCGACCCGAGUGGCUCGGCCUUCCUGAAGGUGGACCCGUCCUACCUGCAGCACUGGCAGCAGCUCUUCCCUCAGGCGCAGCUGAAGGCGCCUCAGCCCGACCGCCUCUCCAUCCCCAUGGACGGCCUGCGCCCGUCCCGCCUGCACAGCCACCUCCUGGCCUCCACGCACUGCACCUCCUCCUCUUCUUCUACGUCCUCCUCAGUGGCUUCUUCUUCACUGGCAGUAGCAGCAGCAGCAGCAGCUCUCACCCCGUCCUCCUCCCUCUCCAUCUCCAGCUCCCAAGGGCUCUCCCAGCUGCCCGUGCCCCAGCAGAUCGCUCUCUUUGGGCAGGCGCUGGCCCCGGUGUGUGCUGGGCCCGGAGGCCCUGGAGGAGGAGGCGGUGGACCAGGAGGCCCUGGAGGAGGAGGAGACAUGCUGGUGGUUGUCCCCCCGGAGAACCAGCAGGGUCACAACCCGGCGAUGGGGUUCCUCCACCAGGCCAAAGAGCAGAGCUGUGGGGGGGUGGGGGUGGUGUCGUCCAGUGUGAAGAGCAGCAGCGGAGGAGGCGGCGGCGAGGAGGGCGGGAAGGGAGGAACGAGCAGGUUCAAGCUGACGUCGGAGGAGCUGGACUACUACCUGUACGGACAGCAGAGGAUGGAGAUCAUCCCUCUGAGCAACCACACAGGAGAGGCUAACAACCGCUGCGACAUGUGCGCAGACAACAGGAACGGCGAGUGUCCGAUGCACGGGCCGCUUCACUCCCUGCGCCGCCUCGUCGGCACCAGCAGCUCGGCGGCCCCCGUCACCCUGCCGGACGUCCCUGAUUGGCUCAGAGAUCUGCCCAGAGAGGUGUGUCUGUGCACGAGCACGGUUCCAGGUCUGGGUUACGGGAUCUGUGCAGCUCAGAGGAUUCCUCAGGGAACCUGGAUCGGUCCGUUUCAGGGGAUCCCGCUGCUGCUGGACAAACUGCAUGGAUCCAUGAGGAACACGCGACACCUGUGGGAGAUCUACGACACAGAGGGAACGUUGCAGCACUUUAUCGAUGGUAACGAUCCCAGUAAAUCCAGCUGGAUGAGGUACAUCCGCUGUGCCCGGCACUGUGGGGAGCAGAACAUGAUGGUCGUCCAGUACAGGUCGUGUAUCUUCUACAGAGCCUGUAUGGACAUCCCCCGAGGAACUGAGCUGCUGGUUUGGUACAACGACUCCUACACGUCCUUCUUCGGGAUCCCACUGCAGUGCACCGCCCAGGACGAGAACUUAAACGUCCCAGCGACGGUGGUGGAGGCCAUGACCAGGCAGGAGUCCCUCCAAUCCUUCAGCAAGAACGGCAAACCCUCCUCUUCCUCCUCCUCCCCCUCGGCCUCCCUCAUGCGUUCCAUGGUCUUCCCCCACUCCCCCUGCCCGAGGACCUUCUCCCUGCUGGACAAGGUCGGGAUCGGACUCCAGUCGGACUCCAGUUUCAACCAGUUGGCGUCAAAGAACCAGCGAGUCCUGGCCAGUCCGACGUCCACCAGCCAGCUGAGCAGCGAGUUCAGCGACUGGCACCUGUGGAAGUGUGGCCAGUGCUUCAAGACCUUCACCCAGAGGAUCCUGCUGCAGAUGCACGUCUGUCCACAGAAUCCCGACAGGCCGUACCAGUGUGGACACUGCUCCCAGUCCUUCUCUCAGCCGUCCGAGUUGAGGAACCACGUGGUGACCCACUCCAGCGACCGGCCCUUUAAGUGUGGAUACUGCGGCCGAGCGUUCGCCGGCGCCACGACGCUCAACAACCACAUCCGCACGCACACGGGAGAGAAGCCGUUCAAGUGCGAGAGGUGCGACCGCAGCUUCACACAGGCCACUCAGCUCAGCCGUCACCAGCGUCUUCCCAACGAGUGCAAACCAGUGAACGAGAGCAGCGAGUCCAUCGAGGUGGACUAACUGAGUCCUGGUCCACAUCAGACCAGGACUCAGGUGGACUAACCCGCCUGAGUCCUGGUCCACGUCGGAGCAGCUGGAUCUGAAAACGCUUCUUCCUCCUCCUCCUCCUCCUCCUCAGUGACCCAGUGAAUCAUCUGUCCUCCAGCAGCUUCAUGUUGGUCCAGGGGGGGAAGCGGUGAUCUCAGAUACUUCCUGGAUGAAAUCAGUUUUACUUAUGGUUUGAUUCCUGUUGUGUAGUGAGUGUGUGUGAAGCAGCAGAUUGUCCCGACCCGACUCGUCCACGACAACAGGAACAUGUUCUGCUGUUUGUUUACAGCUCAUCCACCGAAAACUAGUGACCAGAACCUCCAGAACACGUCAGGAACACGUCAGGAACACGUCAGGAACACGUCUCAGGCUUCAUCCACACGACCAAGUUGUCCUUUAAAAACGCAUUUAGAGCCAAUGAGAGUGAGAGGCUUGAAACGCUGCUCGUUCUGUUUUGGUUUGAGUCUGAACACAACAUGGAGACGAGGGACGGACCUGUCGUGUGGACGUAGCCUCAGUGGUCGGACACGGAGCUCCGCCUCCUGCUGCUUCACUCAGUCUAUUGUUCGUACAAAGAUGAAACGAUCCCCUGUUCUUUAUUUCCCCCUGGACGUCUUUGCUCGAGAGCGUUUUCAGAUUCCAGCGUCUGAACGUGAACUGACUGUUUACGUCUUUUGACUCCACUGAGGACGGAGGGACGUCCGUCCUGCUGGAGGACAUCCUGAUUCAAAACCAAAGAUCCUUGUUUUCCAGCCGACCUUUAAAAUGGAGGACGGGGAUAUUUAUUGGAGACUUUUUGGAAUCUGUCACGUUUCCCUCCAAAGAAAACUCUUUUCUGAAGCCGGGACAAAAACAAUGAAAUACCAAAAAACACAGACGGCCUCGUCUGUAGCUUUACGUCCCGGCUUCCUCUUUUCUUUUUGCAGCAGCGAUGCCAAAGGCAAACGGACUGAGGACGAACCGACGCCCGAGUCCUUCAUCACUAAACGAGCAAAAAGACAGGAAGUAUGUGUGAAAAAAAAUAACAAAAGGAAAGAGAAAGAAGAAGAAGGGACAAAAAGAAACAGAAAUUAUAUUUAUCUUCUCAUAUCGAGCUUCGGGCACUUUUGUUUUAAAUGUUGGUUAUUUAAGUUUUGCAGCUCUGAUGUGGAGACGAGAGAAAGUUACUGACGAGAUAAUGGAAGUGAUUUCUUAUAGAAACUAGACCAGAGCAAUCGAGCAGAAGGAAGCAGCUGCUCCUUCAUCUGCCACGAAUAUUAUAAAGAUCUGAACGUCUCUAAAGUGUCGGAGUUAUAACAAGACCCAGAAAAUAUUUCCUGAGUCAGAACAACGUGGAAACUCUGUCCUGGCUCCAGCUCCUUAAAGCAACACUGUGAGAGUUCUAAUGAGCAGCAGCAACAGCGCCCCCUGCAGCCACAGGAGAUGGAACAACUGACCAGAGUCACAGACAGAAACUUCCUCCUUGUUCACUCUGAACAUCAGACUCACGUUCACCAAGCUGCUGCUCCCAGGCAGAAGGUUUCAUAGUGUUGCUUUAACGACUCUCCAGGGCCGAGGACGGAGCCUUGUGGGACGCCGUCCUCAACUUCAGGGCACUUGACCUUUGAACCCCGAGAAUCUGCUGCUCAGAUGUUUCAGCUGCGACUGUUUGUGUUGAUUUAAAACCGAAUCAGACAAAAGGUGAGAACAUGGCGUCCCCGGUGGAGGAGAAGAUCCCACAGCUCAUGAAUAACUGAUCCACUAAAAUGACACAGUUUGAUAAUUUAACAAAAUCUCAUUUUUUCAUUCUAAACAUUUUCAGGUUUCUGGAGUUUUCUGUCGUUUCAGUGUAAAGACGACGUCUCUCACAUUAUUUUAUCAUCACGUUUGUUACGUGAUGAGUUUGAAUCAUAAACAAACCUCUGAUCUCAGAUGUGAACAUAUUGUUGUGACGAUACACUUUGUACUCAGAGCGUAAACAAGCACAGUUGUUGUUACAUCAUCACCAAAUAGGUUUUUGUGCCUGAGAGUUAAAAAGCUUUAAUAAAGACAAUAAUCUGAAAACUGAAACUUCUCUUCCAAAGAAAACACAGAGGUUCAAACGUUUCACUGCAGAAAACUUUUCAUCUUUCAUCUCACACGUCUGUCACAGUAUAUUAUAUUUUAUAUUAUAUAUACAUAUAUA